AAAAUAAUUCAAAAUAAAUCAAACUCCGCUCGAUGCUCAAAUGCAAAGUCGAGCAGUUUGAUUUCGAGUUGACGGUGCAACCAUUUUUAACUGACACUUGCCGGUUGGACGGGAAACAGUGCGCGCAGUGGAUGGAAAUGUCUCUCUCAAAGAUACCGAUUUGCCGAAUUUGCCUCACGAACGAUGAGCUGCAGGUGUCGCUGUUUAGUGAAUACGCACAGCGGAAGCUGCUGCUAACCAAAAUACGCGUCUGUUUGCCGAUAACUAUCACUCACGCGGAUACGCUGCCGGUAACGAUCUGCAGCCAGUGCAUCAUUCGGUUGGAGCAGUUCUACGAAUACUACUGCAAAUCGGAAACGUCACAACGGAUUCUGACGGAAGGAACCGGUAUACUCUCCCGCCCGCGUAAAACGCCACCGGGAAGUUAUACGCUUAGUGUCACAGGGACCGAGAACGGAGAGGCGAGCGGCCCGGUGGUCGAACAGAUGGACCCGAUUCUGACUCAAUCUCCGCAGGUCAAAGGACCGGUAGUACAGAAAGAGAUGCAAUCCAAUGCGUCGGGGUCGCCGGAUGCGUCCCUAAGCUUUUUGCAGCAGGGAACGAGAAAACGCAAGCUCAAGAAAUCAUCGACGCAGAAUACAUUCUAGACACUAUCGAACUGGUUUGUCUUUCAUAGUUAAGUCUAGUAAUAAAUGAUUGCCAAAUCAUAAGGUACUAAUAUCCAACCGUAUGGGUUAGCACAACCCCACUAUAUCGAGAUUUGUUGGCCAGAAGUUAGCGACCCGUGUCCUUCAUAAAAACACUUACUUGCAUUGUGUCCUUUAAAAGGAUUAUUUUUUUAGUAUUUUCCUUGUAAAAAUUACAUUAAUCUAAGUAUAAGUAGAGUCUUGGA